UAUUAAUUCCGUCACACAACAGUAACCUUGUUUUCUAUAUAAAUACGCAACAUAUGCAGGUAUUCUGACAGAAACAUCGCUAAACAGAUAUCAGAAAAAAAUGAGAGUGAUAAUUGGUGUCGUUUUACUAUCCGUUGUCACACAUGGUUUAGAUGUGCUGAUUAGAGAUCACAAAACACCAAUAAAAAAAAAAGAAUUAGUAGCCCGUAUCCCUAUUUUGGCCAAGUCCUACAAAAUUUCAUUUGAUAUAAAUCCGAACUUCUACUCAUUAGAUUCUAAAAAUAUCCUUUUUUUCGAAGAUGGUACUAAUGUAGGUAAUUUCCAUCUUGGAAUUCUGGGAUUUUGGUAUCAAAAUGAUGGAUUUGUAAUUAAUGCACCUAUUAAUGGAAAAUCCUACCAAAAAAAAAUUCUCGAUAAAUUUCCACUCAAUGUGUGGACAAACAUUGUUAUUAGUCAGCAACUUAAUGAUCGCAAUUUUUAUUAUUUCACAGUUAACGUAAAUGGAGAAAAUGCAUUUUCUAUAGAUAACAAAAAUACUGAAGUAUUUAAAAAUGUCGCAGUUUAUGCAUCAAAUUCUUGGAAUUUACCUUUUGAUGGAUCAAUAAAAAAUUUGACUCUUGAAAAUGGGGAGCCAGGUGAACAUUUACCGCCGGCUGUACUGAAUCCAAAAGACUUUGUGCUUAAUACUGACAAAGAGAUACUGAAGAAUGAUAACUUGGUUGCAGUUUUGUCAAAAUUAAAAAAAUCAUUUAUUAUUUCUUUUGAUUUAAAACUUAACAGUUUUUCAAAUGAAAUUAGAAGUGUCAUUCAUUUGACUCUAGGAGAGGAUAAUGUAAAAUACGGUGAUCGAAUUCCUGGCGUAUGGAUUUCUAAGCAAAAGUUACAAGUUGUUUUUGCAAUAAAUGGUAACAACAACAAUCUUUUUGAAUCCAAACCUCUUCCACUUGACGUGUGGAUAAAUGUUGAUAUACUUCAGCAAUAUGAAUGGGGUCUUAAUUAUUUUUAUGUAUAUAUUAAUAACAAAAAAGUAUAUGAGAUACUAAACCGGAACGAAAGGUUAUUUACAAAUGUCAAAGUAUAUGCUGGAGAUCCAUGGCAUGAAGCCCAGGACGGUUCCAUCCAAAACUUCCGUGUUUUUAACAUAUGUUGAGAGAAAAAAGAGUUUGAAAAACGAUGCAAUACAAUAAAAGACGCUUGGUUUUAACUUUUAAAUUGUUGUAACGACUUUUCACUUUGAUGUUGUAUUUUUUAUUUAAAAAUAUAUCUUUUGCACCGCA